CGCAAGAGGCACGUCCUCUCCCGUCUCCAAGACGCCCUGGCCGAGCAGGCGCUGCCGGUCAUCCAGCUGCUGGCACCCGACGAGAGGGUCUGCCUUCAUUUGAUAGAAACUCUCUUUGGGAUGUUGCAUACUGUGGAAGACAGCAGUGCCCUGGACCUGUCCGUAGAAGUUCUGGUGCAGUUUGUAGUGGAGCUGAAGUCAGAACAGUACUUUCACUGCGUUUUGGAUGAAAGCCAGAAAGAGCUGUGCAAAGCAACUACCAUGAGAGGCAGCCUGCCCACAUUCACUCUCUUGGGCAAGCUGGCAGAUGCUGUCCCAGGCUUUGCUGAUAUACUGGUGGUAGAGCACAGUAAUUUAGUGGAUCAUCUGCUGAUGGGUUUGGCAUACCCAAAUGAGGGCAUAAAGGCUGCUGUCUGCUACCUGUAUGGCAAGCUGUACUCCUCCCCUGUUGGCACAGAACGGCUCUCAGCCCACUUUGAAGAAAGGCUCUGUGAUCUUUUCCUGAAUACCUUGGGGUGUGCGCAGACAAAGGAGCUGCAGAUAAAUUGUUUGGGUUUGCUAAAGGAGCUGCUGAAAUCUGACCAUUUUGUAUCUAUUCUUAUGAAUAAUUCAAAGCCAGAGGAGGGGUCUGAGAAUCCUGACCCUUUAGAAAGGGAAAAUCCACUGCCACUUGUUCUCAAAAAGCUUUUGUUGACCAGAGAUGAGAUGUUACAGGCAGCAAGUUCUCACUGUAUGGCUGCAGUGCUGGUUCACUCUCCCAGCAGAUAUGCUCCUGCUUUUAUCCAUGCUGAUGUCCCAGAAUUCCUGUUUGAGUGUCUCUUGUGCAACAGUGAAAUUCUCAUCUGGUCAGUGUAUUGCUGCCUGCUCCUCCUCACUGAAGAGCGCCUUUUCUUCUCAAAGUGUCACACAGUCUAUGGCAUUGAAUCUCUGAUGAGGAGUCUUCAAGAUGUCCUGCAGCUGAACAAUGUGGAGUUGCACAAGCAAGGGCUCCUGCUCUUCACUGAAAUCCUGAAGCGGCAACCAGUGGAAAUCAAACUAUUCACAAACCGAGGUGUAUGUAUAGAAGCCAUUGAUGUUUUGAUGGAGACAGUGAAUUGCCCAGUGCUGGAGGUGGCAGGGGAGGCUGUGAGAGCUGUGGCAGCUUUCCUGAGGAAGGACCAUCUGAGCUCCCCACCAGUCCCAUAUGAAGAGCUGCAGAAGCUGCUGGAGGCAGUGCUGAAGCGAUGUGCUGACCUUUGCUCACCCCAGAGUAGCAAGAGGCAUGCAGGUGAUCUCCUAUUCUCAGUGUCUCAGAGUCACCCAGCAAACAGAAAUCUCAGCAGAGUUCAACAAAGACACGGCCAGUUCUUGCUCAACACACUGGAAGGUUUCAGAAAUGCUUGCAGGUUAGCAGUGGAAUUCCAGAGUGACUUCAUGGCCCAAGAGAAUGCUUUUACUGCCCCCGACUCCGAGAGCAAGGACACACUAAGCAACUUCUCUGAGUUCCUGUUGAGGAUUUGUGACAGUCUCUGCAUCCCCAUGGUUAUGAACUACCUGGAAAGGGCUGUCAGCCCAUCAGUGAUGGAGGUUUUCAUCUCAACACUUAAUAUCCUCUUUACAGUGGUGCCAAACAUGCAGAAUAAGUUCUCCAAAAAGCUGGAGCAAGACAUUUCUGAGCUCCUGCAAAAAGGUCUGCCUCAGUUAAACUACACCACUGCUGAAAGCCUUCUCCUCUUGGUUGAAACCCCUGAGCCUUUCUCUUUGGAUCAGGCUCUUUGCAGCCACCAACACUGCUUCAUACUACUCUUAUACUUUGCCUACACCCUUGAGGACAGGUUUGUCCCAGAAGCAGAAUUAUUUUUAGCCAUAAGAAAUUUCCUCCUAUCAGCACAGGACCAUGGAGACACUCCCCCUCCAUACAUACUCAGAGCUGCACUUUACCUCCUUGCUGUCUGUCAGGACAAAGGCCAAGCACUGGACUUGAGGUCGUUGUGUACCAUAAGGAGGAUCCUGGACAAUCUUCCAGAUCUGAGCUUGGUCUACGUGCAUUGUCCUCUCCUGCUGAAAUUCUUCCUGCGCUACCCUGAACUUAUGGGGAGAUUUGGACAUCAAGUCCUCCACCUCUGGUUUUCCUGGGGAGACCGCAAGCAAACUGGCACUGAAGAAGCUGGUUUUGGCGGCUCUGAUCAGCUGACCAGUGCUAACCCGUUACUUCCCAUUCUGAAGAGCAAUUCCAGCAUUUUACUUAUUUUACUGGACCUGGUCUGCUCAAGCUCUCUGGAGGUGGCUUGGAAGGUGUUGAUGACUCUAAAGACCUUCCUGGAAAGCGAUGACCAUGUCCUUGUCUGUGACCUCCUCCGAAGUCAGUUCCUACAGAUUCUGCAGCAGCUGCUGGUAGAGAGCAGCUCAGCGUCCUUACAAGCUAACAAGAACCUGCCUGUAUUGUUGAGCCUCCUUUUCCUGGUGCAGCUGCGAAGCAAGGGUGUGAGGGAGCUGGGCAGCACGGAUUUCAAGCUGCUUCACCAGGUCAGUAAUCUCUGUGGGAAAUGCAGGCCAAGGGACACUGACCUCCUGCAGCCAUCCUUGAAUUUUCUGUACUGGAGCCUUCAUCAGACAACACCUGGUAGUCAACAGAGAGCAGUGGCUGUGCUGCUCUCCAACGUGCCUUUGCUCGAGCUCCUGCAAAAGGUUUUGGAGUGCACCUGGUCACGGUCCCCUCUCUCUGAACCUGCUGCUAACCUCUCACCUGAGGAUGCCUUGCUGUGCUCUGGGUGGCUGCUGGCUGCAUCCCUCUUACUUUCCCAGCAUCGCUACAAUACUGAGGUUCACCAGACACUCUCUCUAAACCUAACAGAAGUCCUGAAUGAAGUCAUCUUCAGGAACAAGAAGCCAAUCCUGCUGUUAGUGAGCAUCAUGCAGUUCCUGAGAGCUGUCCUGCGACAGAACUUCUCCUCCUCCCUGCUGGUGAUUAUUGGUGAAAGCACAGUCCAGGCUGCUACACAACCACAGCCACCAUCACUGCAGGAUGCUGCCUUGCACCCCCUUGUCCCACAACAGGUCUUCUCACUUAUUGCCAGUCUGCAGAACCUUCUGGUGCAUGUCCAAUUGAAGAAAGACUUGCUGCUCUCUCAAGCUGUGGUUGCCUGCCUGGAAACUUUAGUGGAAUACCUGUCCAAGAAGGACCAGGAUGUUGCUCUACAUGUUGCUUCCCAGCCCUGGCAUCGAUUCCUGCUCUUCACACUACUCGACGGGGGCCAGAAGUCCUUUCUGCAGCCAGAAGUUCUCAGGCUGAUGACGUUGUUUCUGAGAUACCAGAGCAGCAAUAUUAUUUCUCAAAAAGAAAUUAGCCAGAUUCUCCAGGAGGCAGCAGAAGCCAACUUGGCAGAGCUGCCUGAGGCCACGUCUCGUGCUCUUCACCUCUUCCUUUGUCAGAUUCAGAGCAGUCAGUUCCAGGUGGAGCCAGUGCAGGCAGGGACCAUUCAGACCUUGCUGGAGCACCUUCUGGGACAGAGGACCACAUCUGUAAAGCAUCAGGACAUUGUGUAUCCUUUUCUGGGCAAGAUGCCUCUGGUAGGUGAUGUGAGAGUGGUAGGUGUACAGAUGAAAGGGAUGCUUGAUCUGCUGCUCCUUCCUUUGUUCUGA